ACCACUGACUUUUUAUAACUUCACAUUUGAUUUUGUGUUCCAACUUUUCAAUCGUACUAAAUCACAAGACUCGUGGCUCAGACUCAAAUACUCUGUGAGAUGGAGUGGCCAGGCUCACUCCAGGGCCGGUAGUCUUCUCCAAGUUCCAAACUCAUGGGGGGGGGGGGGGGGAGUGGGGGCAUCCUCCUUGCUGUGGCUGUAUCCAGGAUUUCCACUCCUGAUGUCUUGGACCGACCUUUUAUACAAUUUUUUUUCUCCAGUCUUUUAAAGGUUUUCUCUGUUCUCACCCCGGCCCAGGACUCUCGUGUUUCUGAAGUCCAUCGUUUCAAGUUAUCACUCAUUCAAAGACUGGCCGUAGGCAAGCAAUAUGGAGCAUAUCCGAAGAUCAAAAACCAGUCUUGUUGAAUGGUUCACCAGUGAUCCUGAUUUUAUUCUGCAAAUGGUACAAGAAGAUGCCCUUGUUACUCAGCGGGAGUAUCACAAGUUAAAGGCAGAAAAUGACCCUGAAAAGAGAAUCAUAAACCUCCUUGAUACUAUAAUGGGGAAAGGACAAUCCUCCUGUGAGCUUUUCUGCCAAGUUUUGCAGAAGGAUAAAGUAAAGGAGACCUAUCCAAAAUUGAUUGAAUGGCUUUCAAGUAAACAGCAAGCUCCUUCCGGUCCUACACUCAGUGGACGGAGAGUCAUUACAGCCGAUAUCCACGCUGCUGGAGGUUCCUUCGUGGUGUGUCCCAUGAUCCAAACUAGUCAAACCUCAACUAUUAGCAUACCUGUAAAUUUCAACUCACCCGGGGAUAACAGGAAUGUGGAAAAGGACCUGCCUAUAGGUUCCACAAAAGAAAUGAGCGUCAAAGAGCUGGAGGAUAAAGUGACAGACAAGAAAUCCUUUCUGAAAGAAAACUGGGCGAACCUGGUUCGGAAAGUGAAACAGGUUGAUGAACUUGCAGAUCAGAUGAUGGGACAUGGCCUCACGAAUGAGAUGUAUUCUAACAUCAUGGCUUGUCAAACACCUGAACAGAAGAUGAGAAAACUUCUAGGAUAUGUGACGACAACUGAUGUGGCUUCAGGGCAUCUGUUUACAGCACUGUGCACUUUAAAUAGUUACAUCAUGCAAGAGCUCAUUCAAUAAGAUCACCCGCUCACAUCUGGGUUGCUAUUGUAAGGUAGCUGAACAUUGCUUUUAACCAUGUUGAAUUUUCACUUACAAGUAUGCAUUGCUGAAGUCCAAUAUACCAUACAUAUAUUUCCUAGGGUCAUUUCAGAAGUAAAAUUAGUUGUGAUCCUGAUGCUGGGUUUCCACCUGUAUUAUAUUUCAUUGGCCUGAAGUCUGCUCAUUCCAUACUGGGGCUGGUUGUCUCAUGCUUCUGUGCUUGUCGGGGGAUAAUGGCAUCAUUUUGACCUAGGGUUGCCACCUGAGAGUUCCAGAUAAGGAAAACACACAGAGGGCCUUUAAGAAAUUUACAUGUUACUUCCAUCAGAAAAUUAGAAGUACUUUUGCAAAUCAGCAUUCAAAGAUGUGUCAGGUCAGUGACGUUUUAUUGUUUGGUAUAUUUCACCUGUAACUAUCAACUGACUCCUCCUGUAUAAAUAAAUUAGGCAUCACCAUAGAAGUGGAAAAAACACAUCCAGGAUUUAAAUUUGGUAAUUGUACCCAUGUAUUGUGUUCAAUUGUUAAAGAAUACAAUUUGUUACAUUUUUAAGUUUAUUUCAAAAUGUUUAUUAAAUGUUUCAAAACCUUUUUUUUAGAAUUAAAGUAAAUAAUAAAACAGAUCCUUCAGGUUAUGAAAUACCAAAUGUAAGACAUUGAAAUACUACACGAGUACACAAGAAAAUAGGAACAGGAGUAGGCUAUGAGGCCCCUCAGGUCUGCUCCACCAUUCAAUAUGAUCAUGCUGGCGAAAACUCCUUUUCUGUGCCAAUUCCCCAUAGCCCUCAAUUCCUCGAUCUUUCGAAUAUUUAUCUAUUGCCACCGUAAAUAUAUUUAACGAUCUGCCCACCACCACCUACGGGGGGGCAGAG